GGCACCUGUGCAGUAAAAUGAUUUUUUAAACUACAGAGUACGACUUCGUAGUUCCAAAAUAUUGCGAUGAAGAAGUGGGAAAUCCUUCACAUCCCAGACAAGAUUCCGUUUAAACUUGAUGAACAACCCACGAUCGACGUCUUUGCUUCAGUUAUAGAGCCAAAGCUUACCGAUACUCUUGUAAGGAAGUUAAAUAAAGUUGCACCAAUGGAGAUUUAUCGACAUAUUAAGAGGGUGUGGAAGAAGAAAUCCGCGGAAGGAGGGGAUUUUCAGUUAAUACUGAUUUUAUGUCUUGUUGGUGAGAAUAGGAAUGAGUUGGAGAGUAUACCUGAUGAUGUACUUGAGUUGAUAAAUGCCCACCAGUUGAAUCCAUAUAUUACAAAGGUCCAUAGGUAUGCCGCGAUAUCAAAAGAAGAAUGGAGAGAACAAUGCAGACUUUGGCCAACAUCUUAUCAUCCGCCAACCUACAAUAUUGAGGGCAUUACAGGAUUUAAUGAGGAGGAUUCAGAAUCAAUAUUCCACUUCAUGAAGAUGGCUCUUGAACUAGCGAAAGUGGGCCAUUGCACCGAUGAGGUAGUCAAUGCAGCAGUUAUAGUAGAUCCUUCAACUAGGCAGGUGAUUGUUAGGGGCAAUGAUCAAACAUGUCAGCCAAGUACAUCCACAGUGAGUAAUACCAGCUUCGAAUGUGGUUCCGUUGAACAAAAGGGUUUUGCUACUUCCCAUCAAUCCGAUGCAGAUGCUGUAGCAAUCAAGGAGACUCUGUUUUCCAUCUCCAGUUUUGCAGUUGCUGAAAAUAAAGAAUCAUAUACUGGCGUUUCUUGUCUAUAUCCUUGGAAUUGGACUGAGCAAAACUCUAUUGCUGGAAACACAUAUUCCUGGCAUCCUCUGCAGCAUGCAGCUCUUGUUGCCAUUGAACAUGCUUCCUCUAGGGAUAGGCGCCUAUUUCCUGGGCCGGUGGAUCCUGAAGAUCAAUCUAUCAAUCAAGUGGAUCACACAAUCUCUUCUCCCAAUAGCUCACCAGCCAAAAGACAGAAAUUUGAUUUGACAAAAGAUGUCAAGGUUCUGAAAGCUUGCUCUAAUGGUGAUUCUCAUUCUGAAAGGGGUGAAAGGCCUUACUUGUGCACUGGUUGUGACAUUUUUGUCGCUUGGGAGCCCUGUACGAUGUGUGCAAUGGCACUUGUUCAUCAAAGAAUUCGGCGAAUAUUUUAUGCUUUUCCGAACCCUAACUGUGGUGCACUAGGCAGUGUUUACAGACUACAAGGAGAGAAAAGCUUGAAUCAUCACUAUGCUGUUUUUAGGGUUCUAUUACCGGAGGAAUCCUUGGAAACAUGACAUGGAAACCACAUCUCGAUGAUGUCCAACAAAUGUUAAUCUAAUGUUGUUCUACCAUACAGUUUUUCCAAACGAAGGAUGGUAAAGCUGAAGUUUAUUGGAACACCCUUAUGUCUGCAAGUGAAGGUUUUGAUAGAGAGGUGCUUGGAACUUGCCAUUAUUUAUUUUUCUUUGUUUUGAUGUAAACUUAUGUUGUGUUGUGCUAUUAUAUAAACAUCAAUGUUCAUAGUUUUUCAGAAUACACCGUUGUAACUGUGACCGUUAAUGCUUA